UUUGUCGUGAUAUGCAAUUUGCAAACGACAACACCCACCAACGACGAUGAGUGGCGUACCAAAGUUCACGGACAAGCAGCUCAAGGAGUUUCGCAUGGCCUUUGACACAUUUGACAAGGAUGCAGAUGGCAAAGUAGACUCGGAUUCGUGUUGCCGUGCAAUGCGCGCAUGCGGAAUCCCGCUCACCGUGAAGGAAGUGCAGGAGAUCACAACGGACCUUGACUUGUACUCGGACAGUGAAAUCAACUGGGAUGGUUUCCUUGCGUUAUUGGAACAGCACUGGAAGCCCAUCCCAACUAAGGAGGAGCUCGUCAAGGCGUUUCAAAGGAUUGACACGGAUGGCAGCGGCUCUUUGUCUGCAACCGAGCUGAAGCGAUACCUCACCAACAUUGGUGACCCUCUCAGCGAAGACGAAUUCAAAGAGCUGCUGAAGGACGUGGACCAGGACGGUGAUGGAGAAGUGUCGUUCAAGGAGUUUGUGGACCUCAUGACAUCUGGUGUCACAUACAAGGACUAUUGAGCAGAUGGCAGGAAACCGCGCGUGCUCUUCCUGUGCUUUUCACUCUGUUGUUGCUCCCACUGCUGCCGCUGUCGUUGCAGCAGCAGCAGUUGCUCAGGAGAACCUGUGUCGUGUCGCUUGCCAUCCACAUCCUCACAUUUGUGCCAUGUCUCCGCUGCAUUUCUUCUUUGCUUCUAUGUUACCUUUCCUUAUCUGCAGCAGCUUGCGCCUUUGCUUACACUUGCUUUUCUUCCUUGCCCUAUGCAUUGUGAUGCUUGCAUGUGUGUACAUGUGGAGACGUGCCCUCACCAUCCCCCGCAUGAUGCUGCAGCCGUGUGCUGAGCAUUGCCGCCGCUUGUUUUGCUGUGUAUGGCCGCGUGAUGCGACGCGUGCAACAAACAACUCUCUUGGGCACCCCAAUACAAAAAUAAAACGUGAACCCACAUGGGUGGGUCCUGAAGCUUUCA